GACUGAUUGAAGCAGAAGGAUCAAAUUAUUUUUAGCACCAAAGUGCUUCCGGCAAAAACAAACCACCACAAAUCGUCGCCAGCUGAAUUUUUUCUUUUUUUUCACGUUCUGUCAUUUUCACCGCCCGCAGGCUAGCUAUCUGAGCACAAAACUGUCACCAUGCCCAGUUGUCUCCGCGCCCUCGGGUUCCGAAAAAAGAAAAGCAAAGCCCAUCUCACUACGACGACAAAUGAGAAGCCCAAAGUAGCCCACCCAGGGAGCGCCCCGGGUGCGACAAAGGUGCCACCGCUGGAGGAGGUGCCGCAUGCCGAAGUCUCGCACGUGCAGUCGACGGGCGUCCCCGUCCGACCGGGUGUCAACCCAUUGUAUUCGGCCUACUCGACCCCGGUAAAUACCCGGUGGGCCGAUUCCGCCGCGGCGCCGCCACGGCCGUCGGAUGGCAUGGUCGAAUCGGCGGACAAGGCUGUCGAUCCCGAGGAAGCCGCCCUCCGGAAGGCCGCGCAGGAGGAACAGGAGCGCCUGGAUUUCUUCCAGAUGAUGUGAUCCAGAGGGUAAUUAGCCCUUCCCGUCACAAGCCAACACCUCGGCCGACCCCGCGGUAUGCACACCGACGGGAGUCGCGAACUUGGCAGUCGCCUAGGCGACUCCUUAACGACUCAACCCAGCCCUCCGCCGACGCUUUAAUUAGCGGCGUGGCUGGGGCUACCAAGUCCCACCAAUGACACGAACAUCCGGCGAAAGCAACCCCU